AUGAAGUCUUACAGAUUAUCUGAACUUAGUUUCUCCCAAGUUGAGAACUUGAAGUCACGUCCUCGCAUUGACUUCUCUUCCAUCUUCACCACUGUUAAUCCAAUCAUCGACGCGGUUCGUAGCAAAGGAGAUACUGCUGUCAAAGAGUACACUGAGAGGUUUGAUAAAGUCCAGCUUAGUAAAGUGGUGGAAGAUGUGUCUGAACUUGAUAUCCCUGAGCUUGACUCCACUGUUAAAGAGGCGUUUGAUGUUGCGUAUGACAACAUUUAUGCGUUUCACUUGGCGCAAAAGUCAACUGAGAAGAGCGUUGAGAAUAUGAAAGGUGUGAGAUGUAAAAGGGUGUCGAGAUCUAUUGGUUCUGUAGGUCUUUAUGUGCCUGGUGGAACAGCUGUUUUGCCAUCUACUGCUUUGAUGCUUGCUAUUCCUGCUCAGAUUGCUGGAUGUAAAACAGUUGUCCUCGCAACUCCACCAACUAAGGAAGGAAGCAUAUGCAAGGAAGUGCUGUAUUGUGCUAAGAGGGCUGGUGUUACUCACAUACUUAAAGCUGGUGGAGCACAGGCUAUAGCUGCCAUGGCCUGGGGGACAGAUUCUUGUCCUAAGGUUGAGAAGAUUUUUGGUCCUGGGAAUCAGUAUGUUACGGCUGCUAAGAUGAUUCUUCAGAAUAGCGAGGCAAUGGUUUCGAUUGAUAUGCCUGCUGGCCCUUCAGAAGUUCUAGUAAUCGCUGAUGAACAUGCUAAUCCAGUUUACAUUGCAGCCGACUUGCUUUCUCAGGCUGAGCAUGGUCCAGAUAGUCAAGUUGUUCUUGUUGUUGUAGGCGAUGGUGUAAAUCUCAAAGCCAUCGAAGAAGAAAUCGCCAAACAAUGCAAUAACCUUCCUAGAGGAGAGUUUGCUUCAAAAGCUCUUAGUCACAGCUUCACUGUAUUUGCUCGAGAUAUGAUUGAGGUACCACCCUCUCCUUUACUGUCACACUCAAAACAACUUCACAGUAAGAUAACCAUUUGUUUGUUAAUCCUCCAGGCAAUAACUUUCUCAAACCUGUAUGCACCUGAACACUUGAUCAUCAAUGUCAAAGACGCUGAGAAAUGGGAGGGGCUGAUCGAGAAUGCAGGUUCGGUUUUCAUAGGGCCGUGGACUCCAGAGAGUGUUGGUGAUUACGCUAGCGGCACAAACCACGUUCUUCCAACGUAUGGGUAUGCGAGGAUGUACAGUGGCGUCUCCCUCGACUCCUUCCUAAAGUUCAUGACUGUACAAUCCUUGACAGAGGAAGGUCUGCGAAACCUUGGUCCCUAUGUGGCGACUAUGGCUGAAAUUGAAGGUCUAGAUGCACACAAGAGAGCAGUCACUCUCAGACUCAAGGAUAUUGAAGCCAAACAGUCCCAAACAAAGUGA